AUGGCUCUCACUCGUUUGCCUCUCCUGCGGGAAGUGACAGCCCCUUGGGCCCGUGGGAGUUGUGCUGGUGGGAAACUACUCGCAGCGGUUUGGUGCCCUGUUGGCACACAUGUGGGCCUGUGCUGCGUGAGCGCUGCCCUGGGAAAGGCCUUCUGCUCUUUGUGCGGGACAGAGCUGCACCUCCCGCGGCAGUUUGGAGACUGCCAAUCAGAACGACUACACCAAAUUCUGAGCACUGUUUCCACCGGCGCAACUCCUCCUGCCUCCGCUGUUCUGGAUAGACCUCACAGGCCAGAGUCGCUCCAGCUGUGGACACCGCACCUAUAG